AUGCCCAACGUCGCCCGCGUCCCCAUAGCAACUUCUGUCCUCGCCGUCUUCUUGGCGGCCGUGGCCACGGUCGGCGCCGACGAUGGAGCGACUGUUUCCCCCGUGUCGCAGGUGCCCGCGUUGGCCUCGAGCAACUCGCUUCAGCUCACCCUAUCGGCUCAGUCGAGCCACCAGUACACCGUCAUACCUCUCACCCAGAACCCCGGCCUCAACGGGUCUCUGCCGUCCCCCGGAUAUGUCAAGAUCGUCGGCAACCUAAGGGCCGCCACGGCCACCACCUACUUCGACAUCAAGGGCCCCCAAGACGUUGCCUACCUGUCCUGCGAUGGAGCUCCCGACACCAACUUCAUCAACCCCAACAGGAUGUUCAACGAGCUCAUGAAGCAGAAGCCCAACGCCAUCGUGCUCUACUCGACGAGCCAGAACAUGUGCGACAUAUCCUCGGACAGUUCGGGCACCUUUCCCUACGACAACAUCCUCACCAUGGCCGACGCCGGCGAGGCGUCCAACCUUCUGAACCACCUGAACGCCAGCAAGACGCGAAGCGUCGGCGUCACCAUUUCCGGGAACGCGACGGAUGGCGACAACGAAGCGAGCGGCGGCAGCAACAACUCGGCCGUUGCCAUGAGCAUCCUCUACAGCAUCACGGGCCUCAUCACCCUCCUCUUCCUCGUCAUCAUCGCCACCGGAGCCAUCCGGGCUCACCGGUACCCGGAAAGGUACGGCCCCCGAAACGCCAUCGGAGGCAGGGCGCGACAGAGCCGAGCCAAGGGGCUGGCCCGCGCCGUGCUCGACACCAUUCCCAUCGUCAAGUUUGGACCCCAGGAAUCGACCAAGGUGGACCCUCAGCUUGAGCUCGAAGCGUCGACGAGCCGCAGCGAGCCCGGCACGCAGAUGACGCGGCCGAGCAUGGCCGAGGAGGCCAGCACCGCCGGCGGCGCCGGCGCCUCGCGACGGCAGAGCCGCGACACGACGACGUCGGGCAACCACUCGGCCGACAACGAGCGGGCCGAGGAGGACCACCUGGGAUGCUCCAUCUGCACCGAAGACUUCAAGGUCGGCGAAGAUGUGCGAGUGCUGCCGUGCAAUCAUCAGUUCCACCCCAACUGCGUCGACCCCUGGCUCAUCGACGUGUCCGGAACCUGUCCCCUCUGCCGGCUGGAUCUGCGACCGAGCCACGCGAACGCCAGGAAAGCGUCGACGGCCGGUGACGACGAGUCCAUCGCCCCUCCGCUGGCUCUCGAAGCCGAGGAUGGACGCCCCCCGUCAAGCUCCCGCGCCCGUCGCUUCUCUCGCCUCCUCGACAUCAACAGGCUGCGGCAGGCACCGGUGGAGGAGCGGAUCGAGGCCCUUCGACAGAUGCGGGCCCGGACGAGCGAGCACGAGGCGGCCGACGCCGAGGCGGCCGACAGGCCGCACGCCGUCCGCCUCGCCGACAAGCUCAAGGACAAAUUUCGGAUCCGCACGAGGCCGCAACCGGCCGAGCGGGUAGAUGGGUAG